AUGAUUUCCUCAUCAGAUUCAAAAUAUACUCAAGAAAUUAUUAUACGUGUUGAUUUAGGGGGAGAUAAAAAUGAUAUUAAUUCUAGUGAAAAACAAGGAUCCAGUUCAAAUGAGAUGAUAACGACAGAAUUGUCUAAUGUCAUUAAAACUUUCCACAAAAGAGAUUUAAAAUUUUCUUCGGAAAGCGAAUCACCGCCAAAUUCAACCCCAGAUGUUGACAAAGAAAAUGAUAUAACUGAGAUGAACGAGACAGACGAUUCUAUAGCGCAAACCGAUUCCACCGCUGACCUAAUUAGGGAUAUGGUUGAUAUUCUUAACGACGUUUCGGAUAUAUACAAGACGGCUCUACAUUGUAAAAAUAUAACCAGAAUUUUGAUGGAACGUAUUUCUGCUGCAGUUUCUGCAGUAAUUUUACAAAGUAGUGAAGAUUUAUUAAAAGAUCAUAUCGGUUUACAUAAAUUAAUUCAAACUCUUAAUAAAAUGAAAAUAUAUAUUGACGAAAUAACACAAUAUGAUAUUGUUCUACAAUUUCUAAAGGAUAAAUCAAUCGAAAACAAGUUUAAAGAUUUAUGUAAAGAGUAUGAUGAUCGUAAUGAUGUAUUAUCAUUCGCGAUUGAGUUGAAGACUAAUGCAGAAAAAGAAGAUAAAGUUUUGGAAGGUGACGUUAAGGAACUGUUAAAGUUUCAAAAAACAUUUGAAGAAAGUAUAAGAAUAUGA